CGUGUUAGCGUCUCUAUCCUUUCAGUAACCGCAAAAACCCUUCGAUCUUUUUCCCCAAUCCCUUCUCUUUUCUCAGUUCCUUCCUUUCAGAUUUAACCUUUACGGUAUAAAUCCUUCCCACUCCUCUCUUUCUUUACUCCCCACAAUCUCUUCCAUCAUCAAUCCGUCUCCUAAGUUUCAGUUGUCCGUUCCCAAGUUUCAAAUUUUGUCACGAAGAUGGUGCGGUUCAGCAAUAACCUAAUCGGCAUUCUCAACUUCCUCACAUUUCUCCUCUCGAUCCCGAUCCUUGGGGCGGGAAUCUGGCUCAGCACACGCGCGAGCACCGACUGUGAGAAGUUUCUGGAACGGCCUUUGAUCGCCCUUGGAGUUUUUCUUUUGGUCGUCUCCCUCGCAGGCCUCAUCGGCGCUUGUUGCAGUGUUUCGUGGCUUCUCUGGAUUUACCUUUUUGUCAUGUUUGCUCUCAUCUUGCUUGUUUUCUGCUUCACUAUUUUCGCCUUUGUUGUAACCAACAAGGGUGCAGGCGAGGUCGUCUCUGGUCGCGGGUAUAAGGAGUAUCGACUCGGUGAUUACUCUAAUUGGCUACAGAAACGGGUAUUAAACGAGGGGAACUGGGCUAAGAUUCGGAGUUGUAUUCGUGAUAGCAAAGUCUGCAACAGUUUAAGCGAGAAGAACCAGACGUUUGAUCAAUUUGUUAAUGAUAACCUUACCCCCCUUCAGUCUGGUUGCUGUACGCCUCCCACUGCUUGUAACUUCACUUUUGUAAACGAAACUGCGUGGAAUAAGCCCCAAGGCUUCACGAACUCCUCUAUCACUGACUGUAACACUUGGCAGAAUGACCCAUCUAUUUUAUGCUAUGAUUGUCAGUCCUGUAAAGCUGGUGUUCUUGCCAACCUCAAGAAUGACUGGAAAAAGGUGGCUAUUGUGAAUAUAGUCUUCCUCAUCUUUCUGGUGAUAGUCUACUCUAUUGGUUGCUGUGCCUUCAGGAACAAUAGGCGAAACAAUUUCCAAGGAUGGAAGGGAGGGAACGCGUAGAAGGAAAUAGAUCACUUGUGUUUCUUUGUAAAUUUUAAAACUUUUGAGUAGGAUAUAUCACUAGUAUUGUAUUAUUGUUGAUGCUUUAGCUUGUUCUCAUCUUCUGUAUGAGAUAGCAGUUUGGAUUUGCUUGUUAUGUGGAAACUAUUUUCAUGAAUUAACUUUUGCAUAUAGGUGAUGAAUGGUGCUUAUUUGGUUUAUUAGUCA